CGUAAACGCACACAUAGAUUAGCAGCAAUGUGGUGGAAGACGGUGUGUGUGUUACUUGUGGCGCCUAGCGUACUGGGGGUAACAGAACUUCUACACAAUUCGGAUUUUGAGUUGAAGGAGUUCCGGCCUGAGGAUGGGGGCUGGUACGGUAAUGGAUGCACCGCUGACUGGAGCUCUGACAGCUAUGCUGGAAAACAUAGCGUUAAGGUCACAAACAGAGUGAGGAAAUGGGGAGGUAUGGCGUACAACGUGACACUGUCUGGCAGCAAGAACUACUACUUCAAAGCCGAGAUCAAGCUUCUCAACACACACCCUGGCAGUCUCUUCACCAAGGUCCAAGUCAGGACGGCUGUGUACUCAACAUCAGGGUCGGUGAAGCAUGCCUUGGUGAGUGAAGUGCGCUUCAUGGAACCUCUGAUGUGGCAGGUCAUCGGCGGGGAUUUCUCCACACCAGCAGAUGUAACGACUGUUCAGCUGUACGUCCAGAUAACCGAUACAGAUGUGAACUACCUGCUGGACACGUCCACGCUGCACGAGAUUCCUACCAUCCCCAACAGCUGGAGAGCAGAGGCCGACAUCGCCAUUGAGAAAUACAGGAAGGCUGACCUCAAUAUCAGAGCGUUGGGAUCACUUCCUGCCUUAAAAGACCUGACCGUUGAGGUCAACCAAGAGAAACACGAAUUCGGUUUUGGGUCAGCUGUCCAUGCCGACAUGUUAGUGGACAGUCAGUACAAAGCUUACCAAGAUUUUUUCUAUGAUAAUUUUGAAUGGGGUGUCAUAGAAAACAAGCUAAAGUGGAAGCAAAUGGAGUGGUCUGAGGGACAUGUUGACUAUGACACAGCCCUCAACGCCAUCGACGCCAUGCUAAAACACGGGGUCAAAAUCCGAGCUCAUAACGUGUUUUGGGGAAUAGACGAAAACAUACCGAAAUGGCAACAGGGGAUGACUGGACAGACUCUGUGGAAGCAGAUGGAGAGGCGGAUACAGGGUGUCAUUCCUCGGACAAAGGGAAAGGUUGAGCACUGGGACGUUAACAACGAGAAUGUGCACGGCCACUUCUACGAAAUUGGAACUGGAGAUGCUAACGCCACCAUGUGGAUGUUCAGAGAGAUACACAAGCUUGAUCCCAAUGUCAAACUCUUUCUCAAUGACUUCGGUGUGGUGAAGGACAGCCAUUCAACACAGGCCUUCUACGAUCAGGCGAUGAUGUUCAAGAAUACACCCAAUGUCCCUCUCUACGGACUCGGCAUACAGAGCCAUCUCUUCCCGCCCAUAGACAUGUCUGUUCUCAAGUACCGCCUUGAUCAGAUAGUAUCAACAGGACUGCCUAUUUGGAUAACAGAGCUGGAUAUCAGCGAGCCACUGGAAGACCGCAAGGCAGACCUGUAUGAGGACGUUCUCCGACUGUAUUUCAGCACGCCUCAGAUACAUGGCAUCAUGUUUUGGGGAUUUUGGGAUGGCAAACACUCCAAACCUGUGGCUGCUAUUGCCUCGGGGCAAAGUGUAACUCCGAACGCUGCUGGGCAGAGAUGGCAGAAGCUGUUCAAACACGACUGGAGGACGGUAGACCAAGCGCGCUCUUUAUCCACGGGACAAGCGACAAUCAGAGGGUUCAAAGGACGCUACUCUUUAAGUGUAAAGAGAAAUGGCGUUACACUGCACAAUGAGGAAGUUAUUUUGGGAACGGGAGGAACCAAUCUCACGCUUUCCUUGGCAGGAAUUGGUGACACGAUACAUGUAUCGAACAUACUCAUAGGGUGACAUCAUCAACAAAGGGCAAACACCAAGACUUGCUAUUUGCUCAAAUUUAAUAUAAGUGUACGUAUCACAUCAAAUAAACACGCAAUGUAACGGUU